AGUCACCAGCUUACCUCAUAUGCCCUCGCAUCCUGGACUUCCAGGCCUACCGUUUCGACCGCGACAGCGCGAAUAGCUAUUGAGAGGGUGUGUCUGUCUGUGACUCUGGAGAGCCCACGCCUUUCUGCUUCUCUAUAUACUUUUCCUUUUCCCCAGCUCCCCCGCCGCGUGGUUCUAUGCAGCCCGCUCUGGCCCCCGCGCCGCAUCCCAGUAUGCAAUCCUCUGCUCAGGACCAUGCCGACCAGGUCCUUCACGACCAGCUGCUGGCAGCUCAGCAGCAUUUGGCCGCCCACGCGCCCGCGCGUGGGCAGGGCCAGCCGCCACCGCAGCAUCUGCAGCCGGCAGCGCCCUCGCGCGACCCGGCGAACAAUAACAUCGAUCCGGCCAUCGCGGGGACGGCCAUCAUGAGCGCGCCCCAGUCGGUCGAGCCGGACGGGGGGCAGGACCCCAAGACGUACGGGAAACGGCCGCUCUCGACUUCGAAGCGGGCCGCGCAGAACAGAGCUGCUCAGAGAGCCUUCCGGCAACGCAAAGAAACGUACAUCCGCAAGCUGGAAGAACAGUGCAAGGAGUUUGAACGGAUCAACGAGAGCAACAAGGCGUUGCAGGCCGAGAACUACCAGCUGCGCGAGUACAUCAUCAACCUGCAGUCCCGCCUUCUCGACUCGCAGGGCGAAGUGCCCGAGCUGCCUUCCAACAUCGACCUGAGCCAGCCGCGCCAGGAUGCCCAGCCCGCGACCACUGCCCAGGGAGGAGCUGCCGCCCAGACGGCCGCCUCGGCGGGCUCCCCCGGGCAGGCUGCUGCUGGGGCUGCUGCCUCGGCCUCCGCGGCUGGCGAGGAUCUGCAUUCGCUCAACCGUAUCGCCGUCGCCGGCCUGGGCAUGCGCAAGCACCCGCACGACGAGGCGUACCUGGGCAACGGCUUCACCAAGAGGCUGCGCAGCGAGGAGCAUCCCGGCGAUGCGGAGGCCAAGCAGGAGCCUCCCCACGGGCUGCCCAUUGUGACAUAAGAUGCCGGAGGCUGUCAUCUCGAAUCUCCUUUCCUUUUAUCAGGGUUACAACCGGGGAAUCAGCUGUUCCUCUUCUUUCUUCUCUUUGGUGUUGGCGCUUGGUGGUGUUUGUUCUCCGUUCCUCUCCAGCUGAGCUGUAUCUUAGCAUCUUAGUUUUUUUUUUUUUUU